UCACCAUGCAACGUGACAGAAGCUGUUCGACUAAUGAGGCAAAAUCGUUGUUUUGUCUGUGUGCACGAGCCGGUUUGUCUCGCGAGACUCGGUAAAUUAGAUUAACUAAGAUGAUGGAUGCUCUGUCUGUGGUGACCCAGCUCCGGGACCUGGCGUCGGAGCCCCAGAACCGGGAGGCAAUAGUCCAGGACCAGGGCUGUCUCCCCGGCCUGGUUCUCUUCCUGGACCACCAGGACCCGCAAGUGCUGUUCGCCACCCUGCAGACUAUGCGCUACCUGGCAGAGUGGCCCCUGAACAUCACCACUAUGAAGAAUGAACUGGGCAUGAUGGUCAGCCUGGUGACCCUGAUGGAGAGGAGUGGUUUGUGUGAUGACAUCAAUACCCUGUCGCGGGAGGUGUAUGGAAUCCUGAGUGCCCCGCCCAGCCCAGAGAAAGAGAGGAGGAGAAACAAACCCCAGUUCUUCCUCAACUCUUCCAAAGGGAAGAACAAGUCUGUCACUCUGCACAUCCAAGGCCUGGACAGCACUGCCCAGCGAGGUGUGUGUGAGGAGGCUCUGCUGAAGGUGAAAGGAGUGAUCAGCUUCACCUUCCAGAUGGCUUCUAAGAGAUGCACCGUUCGCAUCCGCUCUGACCUGCCCACUGAAGCCCAGCGAGGUGUGUGUGAGGAGGCUCUGCUGAAGGUGAAAGGAGUGAUCAGCUUCACCUUCCAGAUGGCUUCUAAGAGAUGCACCGUUCGCAUCCGCUCUGACCUGCCCACUGAAAGUCUGGCGUCGGCCAUCGCUGCUACCAAGGUGCUGUCAGCCCAACAGGUGGUGAGGAAUGAAGUUGGGGAGGAGGUCCUGCUCCCCCUCAGUGUGUGUGUUGGUAAUCUGAGGGAGGAGAACGUAUCCAUACCAGACUACCUCCCAGAGGACGAGAGUCCCGAGAGCGAGACAGACCGCGCCGUGUCCCGUACCGCAGCCAAGGACAACACCUCUGGCAGCUGGCUCGGCUCAGCAGCCACUUUCCUCACCAGAUCCUUCUACUGGUGAAACUGGGGCCCUCAAGAGCCGGCAUGGCUGUUCUCACAGGGGACACCUGAACUGGGAACACAGCACUACUGCCCCCGUAUGGCUGCAUCCCCAUUCUCAACACAUCUCCUGAAGUGUACACUAUGGCUGCAUCCCCAUUCUACAACACAUCUCCUGAAGUGUACACUAUGGCUGCAUACCCAUUCUACAACAUAUCUCCUGAAGUGUACACUAUGGCUGCAUCCCCAUUCUACAACACAUCUCCUGAAGUGUACACUAUGGCUGCAUACCCAUUCUACAACACAUCUCCUGAAGUGUACACUAUGGCUGCAUACCCAUUCUACAACACAUCUCCUGAAGUGUACACUCCCCAUCAUGGAUUUAAAAGCAUUUGAUUGGUAUAAACAUUGGCUGUAGGUGUAAACAUUGGCAGUAGGUGUAAACAUUGGCUGUAGGUCUAAACAUUUUGGCUGUAGAUGUAAACAUUUGGCUCUAGGUGUAAACAUUUGGCUCUAGGUGUAAACAUUUGGCUCUAGGUGUAAACAUUUGGCUCUAGGUGUAAACAUUUGGCUCUAGGUGUAAACAUUUGGCUCUAGGUGUAAACAUUUGGCUGUAGGUGUAAACAUUUGGCUCUAGGUGUAAACAUUUGGCUCUAGGUGUAAACAUUUGGCUCUAGGUGUAAACAUUUGGCUCUAGGUGUAAACAUUUGGCUCUAGGUGUAAACAUUUGGCUCUAGGUGUAAACAUUUGGCUCUAGGUGUAAACAUUUGGCUCUAGGUGUAAACAUUUGGCUCUAGGUCUAAACAUUUGGCUCUAGGUCUAAACAUUUGGCUGUAGGUGUAAACAUUUGGCUCUAGGUGUAAACAUUUGGCUCUAGGUGUAAACAUUUGGCUCUAGGUGUAAACAUUUGGCUCUAGGUCUAAACAUUUGGCUCUAGGUCUAAACAUUUGGCUCUAGGUCUAAACAUUUGGCUCUAGGUGUAAACAUUUGGCUCUAGGUGUAAACAUUUGGCUCUAGGUGUAAACAUUUGGCUCUAGGUGUAAACAUUUGGCUCUAGGUGUAAACAUUUGGCUCUAGGUGUAAACAUUUGGCUCUAGGUCUAAACAUUUGGCUCUAGGUGUAAACAUUUGGCUCUAGGUGUAAACAUUUGGCUCUAGGUGUAAACAUUUGGCUCUAGGUGUAAACAUUUGGCUCUAGGUGUAAACAUUUGGCUCUAGGUGUAAACAUUUGGCUCUAGGUCUAAACAUUUGGCUCUAGGUCUAAACAUUUGGCUCUAGGUGCACACGAGGGGACAGAGAGAAACAGGAUGUGACCAGUGGUGUAAAAAGUAAAGAUACCUUAAUAGAAAAUGACGUAAAAGUAAAAGUCAGUAAAAUACUACUUGAGUAAACGUCAAAGUAUUUGGUUUUAAAUAUACUUAAGUUUCAAAAGUAAAAUAAUGAAAUACUUCAAAUUCCUUAUAUUAAGCAAAUCAGACGGCAAUAUUAGCUUUUAAAAUUUUUAAUUUACAGAUAGCCACGGGUGCUCCAACACUCAGACAUCAUUUACAAACAAAGCUUAGUGAGUCCACCAGAUCAGAGGCAGUAGUGAUGACCAGAGA